UCUAUCAAGUCCAUCGCAAAGGACAUUGCCGCCGACUUGGUCGGCAUGUAUCACGGCCAUGAGCCUGGCGGUACUCCAGGCCUGCUUCCUGAGCCUUACUACUGGUGGUAUACUGGUGCCAUGAUGGGAUCCCUCAUCGAUUACUGGGCCUACACAGGCGACGACGAAUAUGUUGCCCUCACCAAACAGGCACUACUCUUCCAAGUCGGCGACCACAACGAUUACAUGCCCCUUAACCAGACCAGAACCGAAGGAAACGAUGAUCAGGGAUUCUGGGGCCUCUCCGUCAUGUCGGCCGCCGAAUACAAUUUUCCUCAUCCUGAUGCCGAUCAGCCGCAAUGGCUCGCCCUCGCCCAGGCCGUCUUCAACACCCAAGCCGCUCGUUGGGAUACGGAGCACUGUGGCGGUGGUUUGCGAUGGCAGAUCUUCCAGUGGAACAACGGUUACGACUACAAAAAUUCCAUUUCUCAAGCAUGUUUCUUCGCCUUGGCCGCACGUCUCGCCCUCUUCACCGGCAACAGCAGUUAUGCAGACUGGGCCGAGACCACCUAUGACUGGAUGGAGAAGGUCAAAUUCAUCGACCCCAAGUCAUUCUACGUGUAUGACGGCGCUCAUACUGGAAACUCGUGCUCCAAGAUCGUGCCCUACCAGUUUUCGUACAACGCUGGCGGUUUCAUCCUCGGUGCUGCCGCCAUGUACAACUUUACCGAGAGCCAAGUCUGGAAGGAUCGCCUCGACAACCUCCUCGAAGGUGUCAAGAUUUUCUUUGCGGGCACUGAAAAAAACAUCAUGUCAGAGGUCGCCUGUGAGCCCGUCAAACUUUGCAACCUCGAUCAGCGGUCUUUCAAGGCAUAUCUGAGCCGAUGGCUAGCUGUCACCACUCAGUGGGCCCCGUACACCGCUGACAUGAUCAUGCCUCUCCUGCGAACCUCAGCUGUCGCCGCGACGAAGGUCUGUACUGGAGGGAGCAACAAACGAAUGUGUGGUCUUUACUGGACCAAGGACAAGUUUGAAGGUUCUACGAGUGUCGGUCAGCAAAUGGCCGCUUUGGAAGUCACUCUUUCGUGCAUGAUCGAGAGUCGCCCCGCCCCCUUGACGCAGGAUACCGGAGGUACAAGUAAGGGUGACCCAGGUGGUGGCUCUGCAGAUAUUGGACGUACAACCCCUGAAGUUAACUGGGACCCGAUCACUGGAGGAGACAAGGCGGGAGCUUCAAUUCUCACAAUUCUCCUCGCCGGUGGCCUCUUGGCCUUCACGGUUUGGAUGUUCCUCGAC